GAGCUACAAUCCAUUAGUUCAUAUGGACGAAAAAUCAUUUGCCAACUUAUGGAACCUUGAAUAUCUAUUCCUUGUUGACAUAUACUUACCAUCUAUCGAAGCAGAUGUCGCACAGAACUUGUCUUCUCUCUCAGCCGUGUCUGCAUCUGACAGCAGGAUAUGUUGUAUUGUAGCAAAUAAGGAGAAUGUCAAUUGUACCAGGACAGCUCCUCAAAAUCCAUUAGACACAUGUGGCAGACUCUAUCCAAGCCUCCUACUUAGGAUCUUUGGAUGGAUCAUAGGUCUUACUGCUUUAAUUGGAAACCUCAUGGUAAUUGCUCAACGAUUUCGUCAGGAAAAGAAAAUGAAUGUUCAAGCUCUCCUGAUUAUCAAUCUAGCCGUGGCUGACUGUCUUAUGGGCGUCUACAUGAUUAUCAUCACAUCAGCGGAUGUUCAUUUCGGUGCUGCUUUCUUUCUAAGUGCGCCAUGGUGGCGCAAUUCGAAUAUCUGCAAAGUGGCGGGUGUUCUGGCGUUCCUGUCAAGUGAACUGUCUGUUCUUAUAUUAACCUUAAUCACCCUUGACCGAAUGAUCUGCAUAGUCUUUCCUUUUGGAAAAAAUCGGUUGAGUCUCAAAGUGACCGGUGUUCUUCUGGUCCUUAUGUGGGUGGUUGUUUUUGUGGUUGCUCUUGUGCCGUUUGUGCUCGACUCAGACCUGUCUGGCGUGUAUGGUCUGUCCGAUGUGUGUCUUGGUUUGCCACUAGACGUGGAUUCGGGAGAAACUGGCAUCCUGCGAUUCCUUAGAGAAUCGGAAGCGGCUGAAGAUUUUGUUGUCGUCUACGAGGCAGUCAGUAGUGACAUUCGUCCCUCAUGGAUAUACUCCGUUGUCAUCUUCAUCGCUAUUAACAUGGUUUUGUUCAUACUUAUGUUGGUUUGCUAUACAUUGAUGUUCAUACAAGUAAAGAAAUCCUCUCAAUCUGUUGGAAACACAGAAACGAGAGGAAGAGAUAUUAAGGUGGCAAGGAAGAUGGCGUUCAUCGUAGGGACUGAUUUUGUCUGCUGGAUGCCCAUCAUAGUUAUGGGUAUUCUUACACAAACAGGGCUGAUUGUCUUGCCUAGUUCAUUGUACGCCUGGAUUGUCAUCUUCAUCUUACCAAUCAACUCGUCCAUAAAUCCAAUUCUCUAUACCUUUAUGAAUACUAAAGAAAGGAAGCGUAAACCUAAAAAGGAUACAUCUAACGUACAGGCCAAUCCAAAGAACACCAACAAUUUAGGAGCCUCUGAAAGCAGUUAUAGCUCUGAUUACUCUACAAAGAAUACUACUGUUUAAAGAAAGUUUUACAAAGGGUAUUCAGACGAAUUUGACAAAAUCAUCAAAGCCAACAAGUCUAAAACCGCGUCCUCGAACUCCACCAAGCAUUUGCAUUAAGCUUCUGGGAGGGCAAUCAAAUGGCAAAAAAAAGAAGAAAAGAAAGGGAGAAAAAAAAAAACGUUGGAGGGGAAAGAGAGGAAGGCAACUUCGAAAUGAAAAAGAUUGCUACACCUUUCCCCUUUCACACACAAUCUCGCUGGAAUGCAUUGUUUACAUAUUUUGUUUUACUCUUUGAGACCCAUACCCCUAUGAAAACAACGCUCCCUCAAUAACUAGACCCAUUUUUUUACCUCUAGUGCUAGCUCUUGUAUAGGUUGUUUAAAAUCAUGGGAUAUUUCUUAAUAGUUUUGAAGCCCUGUCCGAUCUUGCAGUCUGCUGCAAGUUUAGCACAUCAGUCAAACUUUAUUAAUCACUUUUUUCAUGUCUGUUCAAUAUCGUGCACAGUCUGCCGAGACUGGACCAGGUUAUUCUGAAGUUAUGCCCUAUACCUGUUGUAAGAUUCUCGGAGGAUACUUGGUAUCAUGUGAGUUGUUUCGGAGAGUUAGUCUAGCCAUUCACCCAGCCAGAAGUCUUGACGGCGAGCUAGCGGUUUUUAGUUGGAUAUGAACAGAAAAACCGCACUGUGAAUAUAGUACUCUGAGGUACCUGAUGAUUGUCAGGGAAAAGAUUUCUUCUAUGCGGUUUUAUGUGAUUUCAAGUGCUCGAAAUAAAGAGGAAUUUGAUUUAAUUGUAUUUGUGUGUUUCAAUUCAUCCUGCGCUUAACCCGCUUUUAAUUUCUGUACGUGUACUAGACAUUCUUUUUCUGAAAAGGUAUACUCGGGUGCGGGGGGAACAGAGAGCUUGAGCCUAGUCAUCGAAUGGUUUUGGGGAUUCAUUGAACUGAUUUGUUCCUUAAUGCUUGGUGAUAUUUGCUUUGAAGGGUGCAUACCCUGAGUAGGUGUCGAAGUCGAAUCACUUGACUGAGAAUGCAGUUUCCAGGUCGUAAGUUCAAGCCCCGGUGCGGCACUUUACAGUGCUAAGGUGGUUAAUGGGUACCAGGUAAGGUGCGUAGGUCAAAGUUUAUCAUACCUAUAUGUUCCCCAAGGAGUGGGGAAUUUGCACUGUAAUGUGCAAAAUGGUCACUGCAUCUAGUAAGUGUCCGGGGUAAUAAGACUGUAACCGCUUUUGUCACUUGUAACUGGUGAGGCGGUUGGCAAGAGACAUUCAUUAUAAUAGUACUUCAAUUUGUCUCUAUUCCAUGGGGAUCUUUACUUAAGAAUUACAGGCGUGGUCUCUCAAGUUGAAGGAGUCCUUCCAGCAGACCAACAGCCCAAAGAGACUAACAGCCAACGAGUCUGACAAAAAGAGUAAAUACAAAAAAUAAUGUUGUUCUCGUGGGCUGUUUGUCUCGAGGACUAUCGGUCUCGUGGACUGUCGGUCCUGGAACCCUAACAAAACAAGUCGUUUAAAGACCCAUGAGACCGACGUUGUCGUCGAGUUGAGCAGUAGCCAAUUGGGAGGCACAGACUUAUAAGGUUUUUGAUAAAUUGGUUCCUCUUGUAGCAUAAAGACGGCUUAAUAGCUGAUUCCCGCUUCAGUGAUAUCUUCUAUAGGCUUUCUUUUGUCAGAGACAUAGAAUUAGGGUUAGAAUCAAGACAUAAGGCCAGGUCUAGGUAUAUCAGUGAUAAGAAGUCGUAAAGCGUUAGACAUUUAGCGUCGGGUCGGGUGUCAUAUAAUUUGACAGAUUGGCUAAAGAGUUUUAUAUUAAAUCAGCUUUUUCAGACGUAGUACAUACAUCAAAUUAUGCCUAGAUAGAACUUCUGUUGUUGGAAUGAAAAUGCUAGUGGGAAAUUGUACUGUUUAAACUAUCGAAUUUAAAUAUUGAAACGUCUGUUUAAAAGGUGAUAUGUAGAAUCUCUAUCCAACCCAGGUAUUCAAAAUAGAUCAUGAGUUCCUUUCCUUCUUUCACUAGCGAGACUUUGUAUAUUGUUGUCGUAUUUUUUAUAUAUAUUACGUGAACGAAUAAAACAUUGAUAGCUUCUGUGUGUAAAGCAUAUACUUUAUUAUCGAUUAAUGUCUUGUGUACAUGUAUGUGUCGUUUCAAAUGCACAAUUUUCAUUAGGAUUACACCUUAUGUCAUAAUAUUCAACAGAUAUCUUUAGUAAUGUACAUACAUUUCCGUGAAAUUUUGACGAGGAAAGAGAUUGACACAUAAAUCUCUCCCAUAAAGCACACUGUAUAAGUCUACAAUUUUAUUGAAUCAUGCCUAACUGUUGCAAUACAUUUAACUUGGUUAUAAGAUCAUGUAAUGCAAAUUUUUUGAUUGAUAAUUUUUGUGUAGAAACUGGCGUGUCGUACUUCAAAAUGUACAUUAAGUCUAUAAAAGAGUGCUAUAUAUAUAUAUAAUUAUAACGCUUGCGUGUUCAACUUCUAAAUAAUAUGAUUAGAUAAUCAAAUACUUGUUUGAGUGCACGCUGUUUUAUCAAUAAGUAAAUUAAUAUUAUAUUUGUAAAUAGCUUAUCGAUAAACAUCCUUAUAUUUCAUGAUAUAUAUUAUAUGUUAUAUGUUUAUAUUACGUGGUUGUAUCAUUUAUGCAAAUCUUCACUGGAUAUUCAUAAAUGGUAAAUAAAUAUGAAACAUGGCCGCAUGCGUGUCUGCCUACGUACAUUUGAGA